CUUUUAGUCUCAAACCCAAGAAAAGCAAAAGGAUAUAUAAUUAACCCAGUGUUUACUAACCAUGGUCCGUGAGAGGAAGGUCGUUGACGAGGUGUCGGGUUGGUUGCGAGUCUACGAUGAUGGCUCAGUGGACAGGACUUGGACCGGACCGCCUGAGGUCAAGUUCAUGGCCGACCCAGUCCCUCCCCAUGAAGAAUUCGUCGACGGAGUAGCCGUGAAAGACGUUGUCAUCAAUGAAAUGUCUGGUCUUAAGGCUCGGAUUUAUCUACCGGAGAAAAAGCUUGGCGAAAACGAUAAGCUUCCAAUCCUUCUUCACUUCCAUGGAGGUGGGUUUUGCAUUAGCGAAGCUGACUGGUACAUGUACUACCACGUCUACACUCGCCUUGCACGUUCAGCCGGAGUGGUUUGUGUCUCGGCGUUCUUACGCCGGGCCCCCGAGCACCGUCUCCCGGCUGCCGUCGACGAUAGCUACUCGACACUCCUCUGGCUUCGCUCGCUGGCUCAAGGUGAAUCACAUGAGCCAUGGCUCAAGGAGAGUGCGGACUUCAAUCGUGUUUUCCUUAUCGGAGAUAGCUCCGGAGGGAACCUUGUCCAUGAAGUGGCUGCAAGAGCAGGGAAGAUGGAUUUGAGCCCGUUAAGACUAGCCGGAGGGAUUCCGAUCCACCCAGGAUUUGUGCGGUCAGAGAGGAGCAAGUCCGAGCUUGAGCAACCGCAAUCUCCUUUCCUAACGCUAGACAUGUUGGACAAGUUUCUGAGCUUUUCGUUGCCGAAGGGCUGCACCAAAGACCACCCGAUAACCUGUCCAAUGGGGUCGGCAGCGCCGCCAUUGGAGAAGCUUAACCUGCCGCCAUUCCUACUCUGCCUAGCAGAGACUGACUUGGUCAUAGACACUGAGAUGGAGUACUACCAGGCCAUGAAGAAGGCUAACAAGGAUGUGGAGCUGUUUAUUAGCCAUGGAAUGAGUCACAGCUUCUAUCUUAACAAAAUUGCAGUGGAUAUGGACCCAAAUACGGCUGCCCAAACGGAAAAUCUUAUUGCAGGGAUCAAAGAAUUCAUCAAUAACCACUAAAUCACUUGCAUUUGAUUAAGCAAUAAAUGUUCUAAUAUUAUGUUGUGUACCUUUCUUGUCUCACUAGUUUGCACGUGUGAGAGAAAGUUUUGCUUUUGGUUUGAUUUUUGUUUGCUGUGUAUGCAUGUUUCUGUAUAAUUGUUUAAGUGGUUAUUGUGAAAUCGGUGCAUAUUGCAACCAA